CCUGCGUUUCGUUUUUACUCUCGAAACAACAAUCCACCUCUCUUUCUCAUCCGGAGGGGCAUAGAACAACCGUGUGCUCAGACAACAACAAACAGUUUCAUUGCAUAGUUGCACCCGGCCAGACCAGCUCCGGCCCCACGACGACGACGCUACAGCCUCGCAUACCAGAGAGUGAUGGCUUUCUUCUGCCGGUACCCACACAUUUCUUGGUAGCAAUGGGUCAGCAACUGCUUAUCGAGGGGAGAAAUAGAUAAGUUGACAGGAUGCGAGUAAUUAUUCAGUGCAAAAACAUAAGUGUCUCGGUUUUUGGAGAGUGUGCGAAAAAGAGCUUAGUUUUUUGUGAAGUGUAAUGAGAACUCGACAACAUGCGACACAUUUUUAAUGGUUGACACGCAGCGUGUAAUAUUAAAGUGAGAAAAAGUGCAUGGGUGAAAAGUGGACAAAGAAGUGGAGAAGUUCGUGGUGGUGGUGGAGUGAAGAAUGAUGGGAACGGAUUACUACCACUUUGGAGGAAUGUGCUUCGUUCCUGUGUUUGUGUGUGUGUGCAUCCUUGCCUGAAAACUGGAGCAUGGAAUGUUGAGAUUUUAGAAAAAUGAGUGAACUUAGGAUUAAGGAAGAUCAAAUGGGGCAAGAAGAAGUGUGUUAAAGAAAUUUUCUUAUCGAGUGUAUGGGCUUACACGUCACGAUCCAAGUGAAAUGUGAUCCGAGUGAAAAAGUGUUGUUUUGUGUGUGCAUGUGCAUCGGUGAUGAUGACAUCGUAGAAUUAAAUAUGACAUUAAAACACUGCUAAGGAAGUGACACACACAAUGCUGCUGUACCGCAUGGGGCAAUUCCAUUAUGCAAUCAUCCGUGCGGUCACAUUCGCCCUGCUGCUACUGCUCCAUGGAGCGACGGGCAAAGUGGUGCGGGACCGGGGUUCCACACCCUUUGGGGGUGGGUCGUCGCGAUCGGUCGAUAUGCGGGUUGACUUCGGGGUUGAGGAGGGUGUCCAAGUGGGAACAUUUGUUGGAAGAAUCCCCACAAAACCCGGGUUCACGUACCGUUUUAACGAAUAUCUCGAUUACUUUGUGAUCAACGGGACGUCGGGAGAGGUUCGAACGAGGAAGGAAAUUGAUCGCGAGUCACUACAAAAUGACCAGUUUGACAUUGUCGUCCUCUCCAGUCAGCCCACUUACCCGAUCGAGGUGCGAAUCUACAUCAAGGACAUUAACGACUGUUCCCCCACGUUUCCGGAGCCCGAAGUGUCGGUGACCUUUCCAGAGUCGGCUAUUUCUGGAACUCGGGUUUUCCUCGACACCGCGGAGGAUGAAGAUUCCCCUGCCAACGGGGUGCACACCGGGUAUAAGAUUGUAGAGGGGAAUGAGGACGGUCAUUUCCGCCUCGUCGUCACCACCAAUCCGAGCGGAGAAGCGCCCUUCCUCCAUUUGGAAACGACUGGAAAACUGGACAGGGAAACUAAGCCGAACUACCGACUCAACAUUUCCGCUCAAGAUGACGGGGUUCCUCCCAGAUUUGGAUUUCUCAAUGUCAACGUGUCCAUCAAUGAUGUCAACGAUUGUCAACCCGUCUUCGGACAAGGGCAGUAUUACGCAUCGCUGAAUGAAAGUGUGGAAAUCGGAACGGCCGUGUUGCAAGUAUCCGCCACGGAUAAUGAUGAAGGAGAAAAUGCCCGGGUUUCCUACUUUAUUUCUGAAACUGAACAACAAUUCAGCAUCGAAGCGGAGACUGGCAUCAUUCGGACCGCGCAACCCCUCAAUUGUCCCAAGAAUUGUGCUCCAGGAGCAAAAAGUUGUCCCAAGAGUUGCGUCCUCACCGUCUUUGCGCGAGAUCACGGCACUCCCCGUCAAGAUGGGAGGACUUACGUGACGGUGACCUUGGUGGAGUCGAACCACCCUCCAGUCAUCAAGUUCCGCUACUUCCCACCCACCGCCAACACUGCCAAUGUGCUCGAAUCCGCCCCAAAUGCCUCCGUCGUGGCAGCCAUUUCCGUCAUUGACAUGGACGAAGGUCCAAACGGGGACACCGUGGUAGAAAUUGUGCAUGGAAACGAGCUUAAAAACUUUAUCCUCGAGUCAACCACUUCCUUCCAGCUCGUCCGAACGAAUGGAAUGUUGGACCGGGAAAAAGUCCCCUUUUACAACUUGACAAUCACUGCGCGCGACAGUGGGAAUCCGUCCUGCAGUUCGACCGCAUUUCUCAUAAUUGAAGUCAACAAUGACCAAGAUCCAGAAAUCUCCUUCGCCAAAACGGAAUAUUCUGCAGUCCUCCGCGAAUCCGUUCCGAUCGGGAGCUACGUGGCGAGCAUUACUGCGACGGGAGAGGAAACCACGCAUAAACACAAGUCCUCCUCCUCCCAAGUCAUUUAUUCCAUCGUUUCUGGGAAUGAGAAGCAGUGGUUCACAAUCGAUCAGCGGAGCGGACUUCUCACCACGCGAUCACUCCUGGAUCGCGAACAACAGGGAAGUGUGCGACUCAAAAUCUCUGCGAGGGAUGGGGGACCAUACCCGAAGUAUACUCAUGCUCAAAUUAAGAUCACAAUUUUAGACGAAAAUGAUGAACAUCCCAAAUUCAGCAGUGAAAUGAUUGAGGUUUCCAUGUUGGAAGAUGUCCCACCCGGCUCGGAAGUGACGACGGUGAGCGCAGUUGACCACGAUCAAGGGACGAAUGGAACCAUCACUUACGUCCUCAGCCCGCAAACAGAGCUUGCUUUUCCCAACCAGUUUCAAAUUGACCCCAGUUUUGGGAAAAUUAUAACAAAAGCAAAACUUGACCGAGAAAGUGUUCAAAAUUAUGAUAUUUACGUGAUUGCGAAAGAUCACGGAAAUCCGGCUCUCUCAUCCACGGCGGUUGUUCAUUUGGAGGUGAAAGACGUGAACGACCACGCCCCCGCCUUCUACCCGCUUGAAUAUUUUAUCCCGGUCAGCAAAGAGCUCGCAGUGGGGAGCAAUAUUGGUCAUGUGGUUGCAACAGACCCGGAUUCGGGGGUUAAUGGGAAAGUGACGUAUAAACUGGCAUCCGCACCCAGCCCGAUUUUCGGGGUUGAAGCAAAAACUGGGAAUAUUGUGUUGAAAAUGAGUCUUCUGAAUUCUCGGGCGUUGUCAUUCCAGCUCCAAAUUUCCGCCAUGGACGGAGGAGGCAAGACGAGUGAGAACGAUGCAAUGGUCAACAUAUUAAUUGAGUCUCAACAUGGGGAGAAAGCGUUGGAAUUUUCACAGGCUGCGUACACUUUCUCCAUUGUGGAAGACUUUGGUUCGAAAAUUCCGGCCGGGUUUACUCGAGAAGUUGGAAAAGUACAAAUCAGCGACAAUUACAAGAAGGACUCUUCUGCCAACAGUAAAAAUGGUGGUGGUGAAGUUAAGUACACAAUUAUUAAUGGAGAUCCCGACGGAAUUUUCACCAUUGACCAACGAACCGGAGCGAUCAUGAGUACAAAAUUGAUUGACCGAGAAACCCGAGGAAAUCGCACGUUAUCAAUUUUUGCACAAAAAGGAAUCCUCCACGGUUCUUGCACCGUCACGAUAAAAGUGACCGAUCUCAAUGACCAAGUCCCCUCGUGGGACUACUCGUCCCUCUGGGAGGUCAACAUUCAUAAAAAUUCCCCCAUCGGAGAGGAAAUCGUGGUCGUGACAGCGAUCGAUUUGGAUGAGGGGAUAAAUUCCAAGCUGGUUUACACCCUCCCCACCAACCCCCUCGGACUUUUCUCCAUCGACCCCUCCACCGGGUUGAUCAGUCUUAUCAAACCCCUCCGCCACGUGACCAUCUCCGAAGUGAUGGUGGAAAUAGAGGCGACCGACUCGGGAGCAACACCCCUGUCAUCAAAGAGAACCAUGCUCAUCCACCUGACCGAGGUGAAUCAGAACUCCCCCGUUUUCGACCACUUUUCCUACGAAACCUCUCUCCCGGAAUCGACCCCCGUCAACACGAGAUUCUUCACCCUGAAAGCCACCGACAAAGAUGUCGGGCUCAAUGCUGAACUGAACUAUGAAAUCACGGAGGGCAACUCGGCUCAAAAGUUUGGAAUCUUCCCUGAUGGAAAUUUAUACGUGAAAUCUCACCUCGACCGAGAAGAAGAAGACUACUUUUCUCUCUCCGUCAUGGCCAAGGACAACGGAAACCCGGCACGGUCAUCCAUCACGACAUUUGUCAUCCACAUAAUUGAUGAGAACGACAUCGCUCCAAAGUUCACAAAUUCAACUUUCACCUUCACCAUCCCGGAGAACGAACCGGAAGAAAGCUACGUGGGGAAAGUUGUCGCGGUGGAUGGUGACAUGGGACGAAAUGCGGAACUCACUUAUCUCUUCACAUCCGCCCAGCAUCAGGAUUUCUCCAUCGAUCCGAAAAGCGGAUUCAUCAAGACGGCCCGCUCUUUUGACCGGGAACAACUCGUCCAAUCGCUGGGUCACAGUUCCAUCACGUUGGAAGUGAGGGUGGAGGACAACGGGGUCGUGACCAAGUUGAGCGACAGGGCGCAAGUCGUCGUCACGAUAACCGAUGUGAAUGACGAAGUCCCCAAAUUUUCGAGGGACACGUACCACGUCCAAGUUUCCGAGGACGCCGAAGUGGGUGCCUCGGUCGUCCGGGUGGUCGCGAUGGACUCGGAUGAUGAACAAAAUGGGGAGAUUUUCUACUCCAUUCGGGACGGAAAUGAGAUGGACAAGUUUCAAAUUGACGGGGCAACGGGACAUAUUUCUCUCCGGAACAUGCUUGAUCGUGAAAGCAGAGACAAUUAUUUGUUAUCCGUUAUGGCGCAAGAUAUGUCGGAGACUGCCCCGCUCCGUUCGUUCGUGAAUGUGUCAGUGACCGUGUUGGAUGCGAACGAUUGCGUCCCCGUAUUCCAGUCGGCCGUCGUCAGGUUAAACAGUGAGGGUUCACCAUCACCAUCAUCCAUAUCACCGUCAUCCCUCCUGGACAUGUACAACUCUUCACCUGCCACGAGCAAAUUACAAAUUGUUGAGACAACACCGAUUAACACGGAAUUGAUUGAGUUCAACGCAACAGAUUCCGACCUGGGACAGAAUGGUCAACUCACCUAUUCUUUGACUGGAGGCAAUAGACAUGACACUUUCAGAAUCAAUGGGAAAACCGGAAUCCUUUAUCUCAACAAGCAAUUGGACUAUGAAAAAGUUACAAAGUACACGCUCACCAUUGCCGUGGCGGACUUUGGGAGUCCUCGACUUUCCACCUCGAUGGACAUGACCAUCGAAGUCUUGGACUUUAACGACUGUGCCCCACAGUUUCCGUCGACCUCCGUGGUGCGACAGAUUCAGGAAGGGAUCUCUCUGAAAACCCCGAUUGUCACGAUUACCGCGGACGACGCGGAUUCCGGGGACAAUGGAAGGGUCAAAUACCGCAUUAAACAUCAGUCACCACCUGGAGCACAUUUUGGGAUUGACUCCUCCACCGGCACGAUUCAUACGUUGCUCCCCAUCGACAGGGAGUUUGCAGACACUUUUCGUCUCACCAUUGUUGCCGAGGAUCAAGCCAAUCCGGUCAGUUUGAGAUUAUCUUCAGAGAAAUUAGUCACCGUCAUUGUGGAAGAUGUCAACGACUGCGAGCCCAAGUUCACAUGCCUAAAUGCUGCUCUGCUUCGGGCUAAUUCAGAGGCCAUGACAGAAAUUAUGGUAAUUAGUGCAACCGAUUUGGACUCUGACUCUAAUGGCGUGGUGACCUAUGACCUUUUAAGUGGUGACACGAAUCUCUUUGAGUUAAACCGAAUUACCGGUUCGCUUCAAGUGAGACGUCGCAUUACAAAUGUUCAACCACGGUAUCAACUCACCAUCCGGGCGACGGAUGAGGCGAUCCAGUCACAAAGAAAGUACAGCGACUUGGCCCUCAUGGUUUUGGGCGUUUCGGAAGAGAGUGGUUCAAGUGGGCUUCACUUUGCGAAGGGGACUUAUCAAGGCGCCAUUUCGGAGAAUGAACCCCUCGGCUCGUCCAUCAUGACCGUGACGGCGAGUCGCGGAGGAGCGUCAGUUUUAGACGCGAGUGACGAUGUCGAAUAUUACAUAACCAACAUCACUUCCCCAGAUGGACUUUUGCAAAAUAGGUUGUUUGACAUUGACGUGAAACGUGGGAUUCUCUCGACAGCUGCAAUUUUGGACAGAGAAAUGGGAGUCUGGAAUUUCCAUAUUGAAAUUUAUGCCGUUCUUGUGAGUGCCCGAGGACUUUACACGGCUUCCACUCAAGUGAAAGUGAGUGUCCUGGAUGUAAACGAUAGUCCACCCGUGUGGCCGAAGGGGGACGGGGUGGGGCUCAGUAUUUCGGAAAAUGCUCCCGUCGGCCAGGAAAUUGCGACCUUGCACGCCGUCGAUGAAGACCUGACGGGCAAAGUGACCUACUCCAUUGUGAAAGGAGACGAGGGAAAGUUCCUGUUGGACGCGAAAUCUGGCGUGCUCAAAAUCAUCGACACGUUGGACAGAGAAGUGCAAGAAGAGUGGAAACUUGUGGUCAGGGCGAAUGACGGAGAACAGUAUUCCGACACGACGGUGAUGAUUAUGGUGACUGAUGCGAACGACAAUCCGCCCUCGUGGAACAAGUCGGCCUACUCUUUCGACGUGGCGGAGGACGCCCCUUCCGGCCACGUGGUUGGCACUUUGACCGCGAUCGACUUGGACAAGGGGGUCAAUGGGAAGGUUACCUACUCGAUUUUGUCCGGGUGGGGAGAUGAUGUGUUUUCUCUUAACCCGAACAAUGGGGUUUUUCUUCUCACGGGGAAACUGGACUAUGAAAAUGUGCAACAUUACAUUUUCGUGGUGCAAGCUCAAGACACCGGAACUCCAAGUUUGUCAUCGACUACGACCGUGUAUUUGAACGUGCUGGAUCUGAACGAUAAUUCUCCUGUCUUCGAACCUGUCACUUAUUCGACCGAGGUCCCCGAAAGUAUUCCGAUCGGUUCGUCCAUCGUUACAGUGUCCGCGACUGAUAUGGACUCUGGCGACAAUGGGGAAAUUGUGUACUCCAUCACGCACGGAGAUGUGGACGAGGCGUUCGCAAUAUUCCAAAAUGGGACGAUUUACACCCUGAAAUCAUUGGACCGAGAGACAACGGCGAGUUAUCAGUUACUCGUCCAAGCUGAGGAUCAAGCUUCGAUAAACCCACUUUCAAGUUCCGUCCAGGUCACCAUCACCGUAAAAGACAUAAACGACGCUGCCCCCGAAUUCGUAUCCGCCAACUCGAUCAUGGUCAUGGAGAACACGCCCAUCAACUCGGUCCUCCUCGUGGUGAAAGCCAUCGACCGGGACGAGGGAAGAAACGGCUACGUUGAGUACACCCUGCACAACGAGAAGGCGACCUUCAGCCUGGGCGUGGUCGACGGUCUGCUCAGAGUCAUUGGUGACAUUGAUCGAGAAGAUGUCAGCAACUAUACGUUGAGUAUCACUGCACGAGACCGUGGCGAUCCAUCUCAAUCCACAACGCAAGAGCUAUUCAUCAAAGUUCGAGACAGGAAUGACCACCAGCCCAAAUUUGAUACGCAUCAGUAUAGCGCUUCCGUCCCUGAAAAUUCCUCCAUCGGGACGAAUAUUCUUCAGGUGAGUGCCUUCGAUAUGGAUGAAGGGCUCAAUUCCCAGAUCAGGUACUCCAUCAUUGGCGGAGAUCACAACGGAGAUUUCAGCAUUGGAGAUGACUCUGGAAUUUUGAGAGUCGCUCGAGGACUCAAUUUUGAACGGAAUAAGGCUUACACGCUCACCAUCCAGGCAGAAGAUCUCGGCGAGGAGGAAGAAAGUACUUAUGACACGGCCACCGUCUCCCUCGCCAUUUUGGAUGUGAAUGAUAGGUCGCCAAUUUUUCUUGACGCCCCUUACAUCGCCUACGUCCGAGAAAACAUGGACGCCUUGCCCCAAACCGUGGUCCAGGUGAACGCGUACGAUGCCGACUCGCUGAGCAAGAACUUUCAAGUUCGCUACCUCAUGAAGGACGGGGACAAGGAUGCCUUUCGCGUGAACGCCUCGACCGGAGAAAUCACCGUGCAUCGCGCCCUGGACCGGGAGAAGCAGUCCGAGUACCAAUUGACCAUCGUGGCGAUGGAUACAGGAACUCCACGUCUCACCGGGACAGGAAUGGUUCAAGUAAUCGUCAGCGACCAGAACGACUGUGACCCGGUGUUUGAGCAUGAUCACUACGAACUGUCCGUGAUGGAGAAUACGCCUCCGGGAACGCUAGUGUCUAGAGUGCAAGCAAGUGAUAAGGAUCUCGGUUUAAAUGCGGUGGUUCGGUACAAAAUCCAAUCCGCCAAACCCGUCCCCUUCGACGUGGACACGAUCACGGGCGAUAUCUUUAGCAAGAACGAGCUCGACAGGGAACUCGAGGAACAAUAUCGCUUCAACAUUGUCGCCAUCGACUCGAGUCUCAUCUUCCAACGGAGCUCGACAGCGGAAGUGAUUGUGAAUCUGCUCGACGAGAAUGACAACUUUCCAAAGUUUAAGCAGAACUCGUACUUGGUCAGCAUUCCAAGCAACGUGGUCUCGGGGAGUUAUGUCCUCGGUGUCACGGCAAUGGACGCGGACGCCGGAGUGAAUGGGGAAAUUCGAUACUUUCUCGGAGGUCCGGACUCCGACAAGUUCCAACUGAACGAAACGACCGGCGUGAUAAAGACGAUCCCCGCCUUGUCGAAGAGUGGGAAGAGCAGUCUUCUCGUGGAAGUGCGUGCCGUCGACUCCUUCCCCAGUGAACCGCUGUCUUCCUCCGCCUCCAUCAAAAUCAACCUUGUCAGUCCGUCCAAAUUCCCAAAAAUUAGAGCCGCCAAGCAAGAGUUUUCCUUCCUCGAGAAUGUGAGCAAUGCCGUCGUCACGACGCUGGAGAGUGACCCCGCUUCCCCGCAAGACCACAAAUUCCACCGGUUUCAAUACUUCAUCGGUGGGGGAAAUUUGGGCAGUGCGUUUGUCGUAGAUCGAAGAUCGGGUCAGUUGCGGAUCUCCUCUCAAGGCCUGGACUACGAGACCGCGCAACAGUACGAACUUUGGGUGGAAGUGAGUGACGAGGAAGCGCCCGAGUUUCGUGCCGCGAUUCCCAUCUACGUCAGUGUUCGCGAUGUGAACGAUAACAGUCCCGUGUUUGAGAGGAAGCAUUACAACGUGAGCAUUCCGGAGGAAGAGUAUGGACCCAAGUUUGUUACAACGGUGGUUGCAGUGGAUAAGGACUCUGGGGUCAAUGGUGCCGUGAGAUAUUAUCUGCAUAGCGAAAGUGCCAAAAAGUAUGCAAAAAUCUUUGAAGUAAAACCAGAAACGGGGGAAAUUUACUCGAAAACAAAACUCGAUCGGGAAGAACAUUCUGCAUACGUUCUUAAAAUAGAAGCCGUUGAUUUGGGGGAUCCUCCAAGAUCCGGAACUGCCACAGUGACCGUGCAUGUUGAAGAUAUUAAUGACAAUCCGAUGAAAUUUACCCGUCUUUUUAGUGUGAAUGUGACUGAAAAUUCACCCUUAGACACGUUUGUGAUCCAAGUGACCAGUGUGGACAAGGACGUCGGAGAAAAUGCCAACUGCUCCUACAGUUUCACGGACAAAAGUGGUAAAUUUAAGAUUGAUCCGUACUCUGGCAAUGUGACCGUGAGUGGGUCGCUCGAUCGGGAGUUGCAGGACGAAUAUUUGCUCAAAGUUUCGGCCAAGGAUGGAUCCUGGAGGGCGGAAACCUUGCUCACCAUCACUAUUGAAGAUGUGAACGAUAUGGCUCCCGAGUUUGAAUCGACGUCCUCGUACAAUUUCAACAUUCCAGAAAGUGAACAGUCUGUAUCCUUUGUGGGACAAGUGUCCGCCAUUGAUCGGGACAAGAGAGGUCCGAAUUCUUUAGUUACAUACUCUCUGAAACAUCAGUCCGACCUCUUUUCCGUGGACCCCGUCAGUGGUGAAAUAUUUACGAAGAAGGCAAUCAAGUACAAACACCCGUCGAAGCGAUUCUCCCCUGAAAAUGAGCACGGCCUCGUCAUCACUGCCGUGGACAGUGGCAAACCUCCCAUGUCGUCCGAAGUCAUGGUUGUCAUCAACGUCGUCAACGUGAACAACCACCCGUCCAAGUUUGUCAAGAAGGGUUACUUCUCCCCAAUCUUAUUCGACAUGCCCGUCGGAUCGAGAAUUAUUCAACUCCACGCCACAGACGUGAACGACUUUGGCCUCAAUGCGGAAGUCGAGUAUUUGAAAAUCGGGGGAAACGGGUCUGAAAUUGUGGACAUUGAUAAGCACACAGGAUGGGUCGUGUUGGCCGAAGAUGUUUCGACCUACUUGUCAAAAACCUUUGUAAUCCACGCGAGAGCAAUUGACAAAGGGAUCCCACCACUUUAUGACGACGUCACCGUGACACUUUCCAUAACCGGGCCGAACAACCACGCCCCAAUCUUUAGCUCGUUAAGUUAUCGUGUCAUAGUUCCGGAGAAUGAGGCCCUUGGCUCCGUCAUCGUUACAAUGAACGCCUCCGACAAGGACUUGGGACCCAAUGGUCACAUCUUGUACGACAUUAGUCGUGGCAAUGAGCAGGAAAAGUUUGAGAUAAAUCCCACCACGGGAGCAGUCAGUAUUCACAAAGACUUGGACUACGACACCAAAAUGGAGUACGUUCUCAAAAUUACUGCAACCGAUCUCGGAUACAAACCGUUAUCCAGUGAUGCUGAGCUUAUCGUAAUUUUGACCGAUAUCAAUGAUAAUCCUCCCUAUUUCGAGGAGAAAGUGUAUGACGCCAGGGUCAAAGAGAAUGCUCCCUUAAGAUCCAAAGUCUUCACCUUAUCCGCCAAGGAUAAGGACUCCCUCAAGAAUGGCGUCAUUCGCUACGCCAUCGUUGGCGGGUCUGGAAAACACGCCUUCAGCGUCGACCCCGUCACCGGGAUUAUAAUUUCCACUCAGAUUUUUGACUAUGAAGACACGAACGAGUACGUCCUCGACAUUAUGGCGACCAAUCCAGACUCCAAUAUGCACGGGACGUGCAAAGUGGUCGUGUCAGUGAUUGGAGUGAACGAAUACGUCCCCCGCUUCGUCCAACCUGUUUUCCACUUCAGCGUGUCCGAGUCGGCCAGUGUGGGUACUUACGUGGGGAGUUUGCAAGCCACGGACCAGGACAGUGGGGAGGAUGGCGUCGUGUACUAUAUCCUCGUGGGCUCCAGCAAUGACCGUGGUUUCUUGGUGAACACGAUCACUGGAGAGUUGACGGUGUCACGAAGGUUGGACAGGGAGUCGCAGUCGAGAGUUGUCCUCUCCGCCCUGGCGAAGAACAAGGGCUCCAUUCGUGGCAAUGAUACGGACGAGGCGCAGAUUGUAAUCAGCGUUCAGGAUGGAAAUGAUCCCCCAGUCUUUGAGAAGGAGCAAUACCGUGUCGAUGUGAGGGAGGAUAUUCCCGUGGGGAGUUCGGUCACCAGUGUGGUCGCUGUCGAUAUUGAUGUUCGACCGGCAAAUAAUCGAUUCACUUACGAGAUUCUUAGUGAAGGUUACAACAAAACGUUUAGGAUUGACGGGAUCACGGGUGUCAUUUACACGAUGGAGCCGUUGGACAGGGAGACUGUCUCGAGUUAUAAUUUGAUUGUGGGGGCGAUUGAUACCGGGACACCGCCUGCCAUAGGAAAAUCGACCGUAACUGUGACCCUGCUCGACAUCAAUGACAAUGCCCCAACCCUCAAAAACUCUUCUCUUGUCGGAGAAAUUUUGGAAAACGAGCCCGCAAACACCAAAGUGAUGACGUUGCAAGCUCUCGACGCGGACAUGCCUCCAAACGGAGGCCCUUUCACCUUCAAUCUCGUGGGAGGAAGUGACGCGUCAAAAUUCAAGGUGGAUUCCGAGACCGGAAAUGUCUACGCGACAACCUCCUUCGACCGAGAGACCACUCCCGAGUUUACCAUCACGGUGGAAAUAUCCGACAAUGGGAAGCCCGCUUUGAAGAGGAAGCAGGACGUGAAGAUCAGAGUGACCGAUGCGAACGAUUCUCCAUCCCAGGCUAGAAAUGCACAAGUCCUAAUUUUCAUAAGACGAAGCAGCACCGGCACGAAAACUACACACGUGGAGAAAGUCGCUUCCGUCAAACCCAUUGAUGCCGACAUUGUUGGAGAUUACUCGUGCCGCUUGCAGUCUGGAGGGGACGUCUUCACCAUUCAGAAACAGUGUGACCUACUCGUUCAGAAAUUUCCUUCCACUAAACGCCAAUCCAUCACGGUCGUGUCGGACGAUGGGAAACAUGCCGAAGUCGUGUCCACUAUGCAAACCGAGUUUUUCUUUGUUGAAGAUCUCACCGUGAAGAAUUCCGUCAUCAUUCGAGCUAAUGGGAUUGAACCGUCGCAAUUUUUGGCUAAAUUCUACCUCCGAUUCAUGUCCUGGUUGACUUCAGUGUUUCAAUCGAACACGAUCGUGUAUAGUUUGAUGCCUUCGAAAAAUGAUGGGACAAAUAUCGUCUUGGCAGUUUCAACCAGUGAGAAUCAGUACGUCUCGAUAUCUGAGGUGGUGCGAGGUCUGAAUUCGAGAAAGGGUGAGAUCGAGCGUCUCUUCGGAACGUCUGUUGUCAUCAACUACUCGCCGUGUUCGAAGGAUUCCGUUUGUCAGAAUGGAGGGACGUGUACUCACACGCUGAGCAUGUCCCCGGAACAGAACAUUGCGGUGGAUAGUUCGCAUCUGAUCUUGUCCUCUCCGAAGCUUGUGAUGGACUUGAGUUGCGAAUGUUCCGCAGAAUUCACAGGUGUCAAUUGUCAACAUCGGAAGGAACCAUGCAGUCCGAACCCGUGUCAAGAUGGAGGCGUUUGUAUUCGCCAAGGGUACGAUUUUUCAUGCGUCUGCCCACCAUAUAAACAAGGGAAGCGUUGUGAGGCGGAGAAAAGCAACGUUUGCAAAGUUAAUCCUUGCCUAAACGGAGGGACAUGUAACGAAAAUCAGAAUUCCGACUUUUACUUUUGCACAUGCCGACCAGGAUUUCAAGGUGACACUUGCCAAACGUUGAACAAUGUGUGCAAGCCAAAUCCUUGUCAAAACGGUGGAGAAUGCUCUUCUCCCAUCGGUGGCAUCUCGACUUAUCCAAAAUGCAAAUGUCGGGCCCACUACUUUGGCCGGUACUGCGAAAAGUCAGCCUUUGGAUUUGGACCAGAAUCCUUCAUGACGUUUCCACCAUUGGAUCCCAACACGAACGAUAUUUCAAUAACAUUCUCAACCAACAAGAGGAACGCUCUGCUUGCGUACGACUUUGGCGAACAGACCGGAGGAAGAUCCGACUUUAUUGCACUUCAACUAAUAGCAGGAAAACCGGUGUUGUCCUACGGAGGGACGAGAACCGAAAUUUCGAACAUCCCUGUCAGCAAAUUUGUCGCGGAUGGUCAAUGGUAUCGCAUCAUUGCGACACGGAACAGCCGCGUGGUCUCGUUGUACGUGUCCCUCUGCCAGCAAGGCGGUGAAGUCUGUGAAGAAUGUAAACUUGAAAAUCCAUCUUGUUACGCGAGUGGACAUGGAACAUCUGGAACUCUAAACUUCAAGUCUCAGCCACUCCUCAUUGGCGGAGUGAAGGACAUCGAGUCCGUUUUGGAACGACCAGGACAAAUCCAAACGGACGAUUUUGUCGGAUGCAUUCACAGCAUUGGAGUGAACGGACGCUUCCUCAACAUGUCCAUGCCUCUGGAGUCGAGAGGAAUUUCGGAAGAGUGUCAACGAAGCGAGAAUGUUUGCAGCGGUUCGAAAUGUGGGGGAGGACAAUGUAUCGAUUUGUGGGACACGAACGCCUGCAACUGCAACGGAAUUAUUGCAUCCAACUGUCAAGAAGCCUUCCUCCCAUUUUCCUUCUCCACGGGGUCGUAUGUCGAGUACAAACUGGGCGAAAAGUACAAACGGAGUCAAAUCCUGCCUCACCAACAGUCAGCAACCAGGGCGAGAAAACUUCGUGAAAUUGCGUCAACAAAAUCUGUGUCCCUCAGCUUCCGGACGAUUCAGACGGACGGAGUUUUAUUUUAUUCUGGAAGUGAACAGGAUUACACGCUAGUUGAAUUGGAUCAAGGAGGUUUACAACUCAGUUCACGUCUUGGAUCGAAUCGUCCAAUUAAGAUGAAAACUCCUGGCACGUUUGUAUCCGACGGAACGUGGCACACUUUCAAAUUAGUUUCUCAGAAUAGAGGGCUUCAACUUUUACUAGAUGGGCAACCCAUGGGCGAAGAACUUGACGUGGCGUCCACUCAUGACUUCCUCGAUCCAUACCUUACCGUUCUCGUGCUCGGUGGAACCCUGGACAACACUCCGACAAACUCUAUUCACAAUGGUUUCACCGGAUGCAUGACAAAUUUCACCAUAAACAACGAGAACCAACCUAUGAACGGUUCCGGUGGGGUGUUCGACUACAUCGUCACGCACGGGAAACUGACGCGAGGUUGCAACAGUGCCAUUGCUGGAGCCGCCACGGCCCCUGACCCGCUCAGCAUCGGAGUCACUUUAGUCAUCGUCUUCUUCGUCUUCCUGCUCGUCGGAAUUCUCGGCAGCGUGGUCGUCUUCCGGAUGCGAAAAAGGGAAAAGAACCCUUUACCAAAUUCCAAAGUGGCUGCGAAACCAUCAACCGGAGUGCAAAAUCCGGGCGACGUCGUUCGCAGUCACCUGCUCGACGAGGAGUCUGAAGCUCUCCGAAAUUUUGUCCGCAAUUCGAAAAAGAUGGUCGCGAAUAAUACUUGUUAUCAAAAACCUGACAUAAUCGAGCGUACUGCAUCGACUCAAAUGCACUCCAACAACAGUCCCCCGCACAGCAGUUUCCUUACCUCAUCCGGCCAUGAGAUUUCAAUGGAACCUGAAAUCCCAGAUCUGCCUGAACAUUACGAUUUGGAAAAUGCCAGCUCCAUCGCCCCCUCCGAUAUUGACAUCGUCUAUCACUACAAAGGUUUCCGGGAUAAUUUAGGCGGUCGAAAAUCCUCCCCUUUCCGACACAACCACCACUUUUCUGGAAAUAAUCGCCCCUCCCAUCACAGCGGGAUAAGACAAAGCCCCAUCUCCAACGUCCUGAAGAGCACCCCACUCGCAAGACUGAGCCCCUCGAGCGAACUCUCGCAACAAAUCACUCCCCGAAUCCUUACCCUACAAGACAUCAGUGGGAAACCGUUGCAGAGCGCCCUGCUCGCCACGACCCAGAAGGACGCCAUGAGUCAGAGUGAACGCAGCCUAAAUAUUAGCCGAUCCUCCUCCCGAAGCUCCAUCGUCAACGCGUCCUCCUCUCACGGGACGAAAAAGAAGAGAAAAAAGUGUGGCGGCGAGUCCAGCAAUGGCGGAAUGAAUAUCGGUUUAACCGCGGAGGAAAUCGAACGCCUGAAUAACUCUCGACACAAAAAUAAUUCUAGUCUCAUCAGCACGUUGGACGACCUCAGCUCGGAGAGUGAGGACCAGAGGAAGAACAACCUGUCAAACCUACUCGAACGCAAGUCUGACCAUCACCACCUCCAUCGUCGCAGACAACAGCAGCGGUCACGAGACACGUCGAGUGAGGAAGACGAGUCGGGAAAUGACUCCUUUUCAUGCUCCGAAUUCGACUACGAUAACGACAAGGGGGUCGGAAGUAGUGGGUUUCACCAUCAUCACCACCACCCACGAAUGUACACGGGGGGCAAUAAUGUGGAGGACGGGGAAGGAUCGUUUCACGGGUCUUUGUCCACCUUAGUGGCUUCGGAUGACGAUUUAGCAUAUAUUAACAAUACGUAUGCCAAGUCAAAGUCGGGUCAUCAUCCCCCUGGCGGUGGUGGUGGUGCGGGAGGACCUUCAUCCAUGCGGUGGGACUACUUACUCAACUGGGGUCCAAAUUUUGACAACUUGUCGGGCGUUUUUAACGACAUCGCCCAACUUCCGGACGUCACCCCGCCCUCGGCAGGAGGAGGGUCGAAUAAUAAUCUUCCGCCUCCAAGUAUUAAUAAUUUUGGUAAUUCUGGUCCCAUAUCUUCUCGAAAUGGUAGUAGGAGACCGAGUGAAGAGUACAUUUGAUGUAAAAGACUUUAAAUAUAAUUAGUGUACUUCGAAUUCUUCAUCUUUUUCCCUCGUUCAUAUUUAUAAUUUUAUUCGCCAUCAUGAUCAUGUAUUACUCGUCGUAUAUAGUUUUUUCAUACAGUUGGCUGGCAUUAUAUUAUUGAUAAAGAGUGAAUUCCGCAGCAGUAUAAAAUAAAUAAAUAGAUAAUGUUAUGUGAUGGCAUCGAUACUCUAACACAGAUAUUAUAAUUAUUAAAUAUUUCAAAUUUUUGUAUCUGCUGAUUUUUUUUCAACCUUUGUAACUGGUAUUUAUUUGUAUCUAUUUAAAUUAUUGUAUUUGUUAGUUACCAGGAAAGUAGAAUAAUACGUUAGAAAUAUUUCUAUACAAAACGCUACAAACAAUAUAAUUAAGAAUAUAGAUAGAUAGAUAUAUGACAAUGCUCAUACAUUUUCAUUACGAGCCUGAGCCAUGAUAAAUAUCAUAAUAUGAAUGAAAUGAUAAAUAUCUUUCAAUUUUAUAGUUUUGAUUAUUAACGACCCUGUGCCAAAUACUACAAAGAAACCCUUUCAAUAAACAAGUUGAAAAAAAA